AUGCACACGACCCGGUUGCCGUCGCUGCAUUCCUGUGGAGUCCGCGAUAGGGCAACCCAGAUUCGAGCCCGUAAUACGCUGCCAGACGGGGGUUGUCAGUAUUGUUCGGCGCGAUCAGCCAAAUCCGUCGAUGGGAAAUACGCGUUAGGUCAUCUUGUCUGCUUUCAUGGCAUUACAACGCGGAUUCGCCGAUAUUGUCUUUAUGUCAUUGUUCGACGGAUAUUUUCGUGCCGGCUUCAAGGUCCACAUCCCGACCCACUGAUCAACCAGCCACGCGAAACUGUCCCCGGGGAACCUGUUGCGGAAAGCAUUUCAAAGUGUCGCAACGAUGAAACUAGACCGUGGGACUGGUAG